UAAAAUGCAUUUUUUCCUGGUUGUUUUCUUCUCUGUGUGUGUGUGUGUGUUUCUUUUUCUUCAGGGGUUCCGGGAGCAAUGUUAGAUGAUGCGGUUUACCUUUUUUUUAUCAGGGCGUUUUCGUUUUCUUCUCUUCUGUCUGUCUGUCUGUCUGUCUGUCUGUCUGUCUGUCUGGGGCAUUCUUGUUUAUCGCCUCUUGUGGCUUGUGCCUGCGGCUUGUGCUGUGGAUUUCAUUAUAGGGGUUCGGGAUUUUGUUUUUAUGAUAUCAUCCGCUGGGUGUGAGGCCUGGCCCACUCACUUGCCAUGUGCUCUGGGGGAGACGGGAUGGGAUGGUGUAAGUUGCGAAGGGGGGGGUGGAGCCUCGAAAGUAUGAUAGUGGAAGUGAUUGGGGAUUGUAUGUAGAGUACCCAGAUGAGACGGAACGGAUACGGAUCUUUGUAAUGCCGUGCAAGUGGGAAAGGUUCAUGGUGUUUCGCGGGAUACGGAUUUUUGGGACGAAAUGGCAAUGGCAGUGGCGAAACACGCAAUUGAUCGUUUCACUGGCACGAGCAAGAU